UCUUUCAAAUAAAAUACCAAUUGUCUAAAUAACAGCAUCAUUCAUAGAAUAACUUAGAUUUAAUAUGCAUUUUAUUGCUAUAUAAAAUUAUUUCUCCAAAGAAAAUAAUUAUUUAGAUAAAACAUGACGUCGAUUCUUGCUGAAGCUGCGUUACGAGUAGAAACAUGCAUUUUCAAAGACAUUUCUGGAAUCGCGAUACCCGAAAAUUUGAACGAUCAAGAAUUAGGUGAGAAAAAUAUUCCUGAAAUCGAGACAGAAAUUCCUGUUGAAAAUAAUCGAGUCAAUUGUGAAAACAAUGACAAUGCCGGUGAUACUAACAUCAAUAAUAAUGAUAUUAUUAAUGAAAAUGAUGACAUCAAUAAAAGCGAUACUAAAAUCAACAACAAUGACAUCAUUAAUGAAAAUGAUGACAACAUUAAUAACAGCGACACUAUCAUCAACAAUAAUGAUGCAAACAUCAACAACGGCGAUAAUAACGUUGAUGAUGAAGACCCCAAUAUCAUCCACAGCGUUGAAACCGAUGAUAUCAACAUCGAAAACAACAGCAAUAACAAUGAAGGCAACAACACAUCCGGCGUUUACGCGCUGCUGCGAUGGAUUAGAAAAACUUCAGACGAUAAACAUACGAUAAAUAACGACGAAAUAACCAUGACGGACGAUAAACAAGCAGAGUUUAUCGUGCAAAACAACCUUGAAGUUUUCGACGAAGUUCAAAGUUUAGAACAAAAAGAACUUGACAGGCUACGAGAACUUGAGGAAUUAGAACGUGUCAGGAGCCUGGCGCUGCUGGCGGACGUGGCGGGUGGCGUCCACCACCUGGCGGGCAAGACGCCCGCCGCCAGCUGGCUGCUCCACACCACCUGCAUCGUCGGUAUGGCGGAAGGAGAAAAAAGUGCGGAAAAUGGAACAACGUCACCAACGGAGGUGAAAUUUUCCGACGUUUUAGCAGAGCUGAAAAAAGUUUUUGACGUCGAUGAAGAAACGCUGCAGGAAUGCCUGAAAAAUGCGCAGGUUGUGAAGGCCCCAGAAGUGGUUCUCCGCCUCCACAUCCUCGAGGCGAAGGAUCUCAAGAUGAAGAGCGUCUCAGGAUCGACCAACCCGUACGUGACGGCCAGUCUGUCCCACAGCAGCCACAGGACCCGCCUCCUCCACCAGACCCGGUGUCCCAAGUGGGACCAGCGCUUUGACAUGAAAUUCCAAGACGUCCAGAAAGAAGUCCUGAAACUCGAAGUUUGGCACGAGCACGAGCACCUGGGGGUGGGGGUGGUGCGGGACAUCAGGGACCUGAAGGGGCUGGGGCGCCUCGUGAAGGGCAGCACCGCCCCCGACCACCUACUGCUGGGGGGCGUGCUGCUCCCCCUCAAGGAUAUCCCGGAAUCAGGACUAGAGAAAUGGUAUCCCCUCAUGAAAGAUGACUCCAACCCGUCCAACUCUUUGUCAUCGUCUAACUCCAACUUAUCAGUUGGUGGAACCCAACUUUCUUCAACUUCUAGUCACACUUUCAACCUCACUUCUCAACUCACACACUUGAAAAAUACAGGGGCCGCCCUUAUCCACUCAGGACACAGUCCGAAUUCAACACACAAACAAAGAGGAGAGUUGAAAAUUUCAGCUUCCUUUGGAUGCGCUGAAAAAUCUGAAGUUUACUCCAUUAAAACCUACGAAUCGCUGCUGGUGAAGUUCAUCCUGCAUUACGUUGAAAAUGUGCCUGAUAGGGCUCCAUGGUGUGGCCAGCUUCCUCCAGAGGGAGUAUGUGCACUGCACAUCAUGGCGCUGAUGGCAGGGCUCACUGAGCACCAUAAGCUGCUGGCCCUCUGGACCGCCGCCUGUAGGACCAGCAAUGUGGACUGCGUGUGGCUGUCGCAGGUCCUACAGAACAUCCUCAGCACAGACCAGAGCGAGUUCACUGCAGACCAGCUGCAGAGUCUCCACGACUCCCUGCUGGCUUGGAUGAGUCACGCUGAGGACAAACUCUGCAGCCUGCACAGCCACUACCCUGCAGAGCGAGGGGUAACUUCAGCACAUCAGCUGGGCGGCCUGCUCAGAGGCCUACGCCUGCUGUCCAAGUCUCGCCUCAGCGCCGAGUUUCUCGUCGACCGGAAAAUUGACGUCGAGCAGAUGGUCAGGAAAGCCGUCGAGAAACACACGUCGCAGUGGUGGCUAGCGCUCUUAGAGCGUGAGCUCAAGGACAGCUUGACUCCUGAUGAACAAAUUCUGCGCGUUAUCAACAUCACUGAUGAAUGCUACACAUUCAUUGAACUCGCAACAUCCCUCUACAGUCCAGUCUUCGUCAACGAUUUUGGACUACCUUAUCUACGUAUAGUCUACCUGUUCAUCACGAAGAAGCUGAACCCCUGCGUACGGCCUCUACUUAUGAAUGUCUACAGCCGUCUACUUAGCAACCAUGCCGGCAACAAGUGUCAAGACACUGGCAACAAAAACGUACCAACAGAUGCUAAAAACCACUAUGCGCUCAAUGCUGGUACGAGCCUCUGGCAACUAUACAUCAACCUUGGUAGAAUACACAAACAGGGCUCUACGAUGCCAGCUGAGGUGCGCAACGAGUCCGGGGUGCGUGAGUACCACAGAUGGUUCUCCAAGGGCGUGAUGCACUGGAUGCAGGUGGCUCAGACCAGGAUACACGGCAUCAUCAGUAACGCUGUCACUGCCGACCAGCUCGUGCCGUGUGAUGAAUACUGCAACUUUAGUUCAUCUGCUACUGACGCAGUCACCGUCUUCUUGGGGGUUCGCAAUUGGUGGCUGGAGCUGGCGUGGCCGGACCCUCAGAACAGCGGUGUUCUGCUGGGCAAAAUAUUAGAAGAUUUGUGCUGCUGUGCGACGUAUUACUGCGACCUGCUGCGGCACAAAGUUGACUCGAUUUACGUCGCGCAGCAGGGCGAGGGAAAAGUCUUCAUUACCAAACAGAUCUGCAUUGGUCUUAACAACAUAGAACGAGUGCGGGAUGAGGUGGCCAAACUGCCUGAAGUCUUCCGAGUUUCCGAUUUAUUAGAAACCAUCAGCAAAGGCACUCCGGAUUCAACAAAUUCUGAAGCAAACAGAGCGGCCGCUGAACAAUUCAAAGGGACUUUCCAGCGACUUAUUUCCAGCGCUAUGGAAAAUAUGGAGACUAAGCUUACAGAGUUUGUUGAUUCUGUUGUUGAUAAGGUGUCCGGGAUCCUACUGGCCGGACUCACGGACGCGUGUGAGGCCCACAAGCCCGAGCUGCUGCUGGGGGAGGUGCUGGACCCCGGGCUGGCCCUCAUGAGGGAGGUCCUGCAGGAUACAAACUUCAGGAGGUUCCUACUCGCCCUCUGGAGGUGUCUGCUCGAGCUCAUCAGGACUCUUGUCCUUAGGAGUGCUGAGCGCCGUAAGCCGGAGUUCUUCCAAGCGGUCCACGAUGUCCUCUGCAGCAGCCUGCUCUUCUUCACGCCUCUAGGAGGCCUAGAGCAGGAGGAGGCCAUCACUGAUGAGUACACAAGUCUGCUAGAGCUGCUGUCGACGCUGCGGUUGUCCACGUCUCAGCUCAUCGGCCGCUACUACCAAGAGCGCGCCGAGGAGCGACAGCUGCUGUCGGUCACGUCACGGGGCGACCUUUUCGUCAACAUGUUUUUCACCCGAAGCUCGAAGCUCGUGGUUGAGGUGGUGAUGUCCCGUGACAUGCAGACCGAUGAUGACUCGUCCAGCCAGGGGUCCCGCAACAGUCACGGGAAGGCCCCCACCAGCCCCUCCCACGUGCCCGUGGACCCGUACGUCAAAGUUCAGCUCGUACCCAGUGACCUCUUCCCAGGCGCGGUCACUUACACCACGAAGGUUAUGAAGAGAUCUGAUCCAGCGAUAUUCCAAGAAACUUUCACUUACACGUUGAGCGCUGAGGACCACAGCGUGCGGGAAGGGUACCUGCUGUUCACCCUCAAGGACCACAACUUGGCUCGCUCCAACACCUUCAUUGGGGAGGCUGUGGUACCUCUGGCUGGGGUUGUGGUGGUGGAGAGUGAAGCUAUUUCAUGUCAACCAAAAACACAGCAACUGAAGCUCACACGUCCCGGCAUCGAAGCAGCCUACAAACCACUAGCAACCCUCCGCCUACGCAGAAGUGCUGACCACGUCGCUUGCACUUUUUUGAGAAAAAUAGCUCCGAGAUUCGCCGAGCCUCACGUCAGGAAAGAAUCAAAAGACAGCAACGUUCUGCCAGUCCCUGACGAAGAUAAAGCUUCGGAAAAGGGCGGAAGAAGCCCCAAGAUUUUUGACCGACUUUUCGCAUCUGCCGUUAAACACGACAGCUGAAAAAAUUGUUACAGUAAGAAAUUCCGGCAUGGAAUUUUAUCAAAAGUCAUGAGUUCUCGAAAUAAAAAGUGCUCUAGAUUUUUAUAAUAAUCAUUCAAUAUAUGAUGGUAUUUGAGGCUUAGUUGACAAGUUUUCGCCGUGACUAAAUAAAUAAUUUGCACUUUCAAUAAUGGGGAAAAAAUUAUCAAUUUAACUAAACAUGUAUCAUUUAAAUAUUAAAUCACACAUUAUUACUAUUGCUGGCUGAUUCCAAACUAACACUCAACAAAAUUUCAAAAAGUUUUCGUGUAUUCAAACUCAUUUUGAAAAUUGUUGUUAAUUUGAGAUGGAAAUAGGUAGGCAUGAGGUAGAAAAAUUGUAAUUAGAUUAAUUAAUUAAAUAAAUAAUUAAUUAAUG